CAGAAAUUACGUAUAAAAAUUUUAUUAAAAAUGGGAAACAAUAUAUUUUUUAAAGAUAUGUUAUUAAGUAUUACAUUAAUCGUCUUAUGCAUUUUAAACUCAUCAUCACAACAAAAAAUAAGAAAUCUUGGUUUGAACGAAGGUGAUAUAUGUCGUACAGCUCAAAUAUCAAAUGAAAAUUAUGUGUGUACUCGUGCAAGAGACUGUGAAGCUUUUAAAGAAAGUAUUGUAACUCGUAAUUAUCUUGAUAUAUGUGGGUUUAUUGGUAUAGAGCCGAUAGUUUGCUGUCCGAUGAUAGCUAAUAAACAGUUAACUGAAAUACCAAAAACUAAAAAUGGAAAUUCAAUAUUUGCUGAUGAAAAAUGCAAUGAAUAUUUCCAAUUAGUGUCAAAUACGGUUGGAAUUGCAGCUGUUGGUGGUACAUUGGUCAAAGAAAAAGAAUUUCCACACAUGGCGUUAAUAGGAUAUGGUGACACCACAAAAUAUGGAGACGAUUGGAGAUGCGGAGGAUCGUUGAUUAGCGAAAGGUGGAUAUUGACUGCUGCACAUUGUCAACAGUUUGGUUUUUCGAAUAUGGCUCGUUGGGCUCGACUCGGAGUUAUAGACAGAGUCGUAAAUGAAGACAGUGUAGUUCAGCCAAAAGACUAUCGAAUAGUGGAGCAUGUUAUACAUCCCGAUUAUAAACCACCUUCACUAUACAACGAUAUAGCUUUAUUCCGUUUGGAAAGGGAUGUACAGUUUUCUGAUGCAGUGCGACCGAUUUGUCUCAACUCGAAUCCGUCUGUUAUACCAUUAAAACAGAUAGCUACUGGUUGGGGAAGAAUUGAAACAGCUGGACCUGUUAGCGAAAAUUUAUUAAAAGUAGAAUUGGAUAUUUACCCGAUAAACCAGUGCAACGAAAGUUAUUUUUCAAAUAAUAAUCCAAAAUUAAAAUUUGGCAUAUUAUCUGAUAGCAUGAUAUGUGCAGGUUCGUUUGAUGGCGAAAAAGACAGUUGUUCGGGUGAUUCGGGAGGUCCACUUCAAUUAGAACAUGAAUACUACAGGAAAAUGUAUACUCAAUACGGGAUUACAUCGUUUGGAAAAUUUUGUGCUGACAAGGAUACUCCUGGAAUUUAUACUAAAGUAGCUAAUUACAUUUCAUGGAUUGAAAAAAUAGCAUUUUCAAAUUUAUAUUUUUUAACAAUGGAAAAUAACCAAUUAUUUAAAGUUAUAGUAUGUAAUGUCAUAUUAAUUUUCUUUUAUGUUUUCAACACAUCAUCACAACAAGUUGUAAAAAAUCUUGGCUUGGACAAAGGUGAGAUAUGUCGAAAAGGCCAAAGACCAGAACAAGAUUAUGUGUGCACGGGUGCAAGUAAUUGUAAAGCUUUACAAGAAAGUAUUAGAACUCGAAAUUAUCUUGAUAUAUGUAAGUUCGAUGGUUUACAACCGAUAGUUUGCUGUCCAAUAACAACUGACGGACUGUUAGUUGAAAUACCAGAAAAUUCAAUAUCUGCCGAUAAAAAAUGUAAUGAAUAUUUCAAAUUAAUGAAUACAGUACAAUCUCCAUUGAAUGAAACUUCGUUAAAUAAUCGGUCAGAAAACGGCCCGUAUUCAGCUGUGGGUGGUACACCAGCUAACAUAAAACAGUUUCCCCACAUGGCACUAAUAGGAUUUGGUGAAACCACAAUAGAUGGAGAGGAUUGGAGAUGUGGAGGCUCGCUGAUUAGUGAAAGGUGGAUAUUGACUGCAGCGCAUUGUCAACAAAUGAAUACUGGGAGUAUGGCUCGUUGGGUUCGUCUCGGAGUUUCAGAAAGAGUAUUUAAUGAAAGCAAUUUAGAUCAACCUAAGGACUAUCGAAUAGUGCAGCAUGUAAUACAUCCCGAAUAUAAACCACCUUCACUAUACAACGAUAUAGCUUUAUUCCGUUUGGAAAGGGAUGUAAAAUUUUCUGAUGCAGUGCGACCGAUUUGUCUCAACUCAGAUCCGUCUUUAACGCCAUUAAAACAGAAACUUACUGGUUGGGGACGAAUUUCUACGGCUGGACCACUUAGUGAUAAUUUGUUAAAAGUAGAUUUGGAUAUUUUUUCGACAAAACAGUGCAAUGAAAGUUAUUUUUCAAAUAAUAAUCCAAAAUUAAAAUUUGGCAUAUUACCCGAUAGCAUGAUAUGUGCAGGUUCGUUUGAUGGCGAAAAAGAUAGUUGUUCGGGUGAUUCGGGAGGUCCACUUCAAUUAGAACAUGACAACUACACUGGAAUGUACACACAAUUCGGAAUUACAUCUUUUGGGAAAUUUUGUGGUGACAAGAAUACACCUGGAAUUUAUACUAGAGUAGCUAAAUUUAUUUCAUGGAUCGAAAAAAUAGCAUUUUCACUCAAAUGUUUAUUUAAUUUAGGUGAUAUAUGUCGUACAGCCCGAAGAUCAAAUGAAAAUUAUGUGUGUACUUAUGCAAGAGACUGUAAAGCUUUUAAAGAAAGUAUUACAACUUAUAAAUAUCUUGAUAUAUGUAAGUUUAUUGGUAUAGAACCGAUAGUUUGCUGUCCAAUGAUGGCUAAUAAACAGUUGACUAAAAUGCCAGAAACUAAAAAUGGAAACACAACACCUGCUGAUGAAAAAUGUUCUCAGUACUCCAAAUUAGUGAAAUAUAAGUUUGCACCUGCGGCUUUUGGCGGUACACCGGCUAAAUAUAAAGAGUUUCCACAUAUGGCACUUAUAGGAUUUGGUGAAACCACAGAAAAUGGUGAAGAUUGGAAAUGCGGAGGCUCACUGAUUAGCGAAACGUGGAUAUUGACUGCAGCGCACUGUGAACAAAGUUCUGGAAUUUUGGCUCGUUGGGCUCGACUUGGAGUUAUAGACAGAGUCGUUAAUAAAGACAAUAAAGUUCAGCCCAAGGAUUAUAGAAUAGUGCAACAUAUAAUACAUCCCGAAUAUAAGCCACCUUCAUUAUACAACGAUAUAGCUUUAUUUCGUUUGGAAAAGGACGUAGAAUUUUCUGAUGCAGUGCGACCGAUUUGUCUCAACUCAGAUCCGUCUAUUACACCAUUAAAACAGAUAGCUACUGGUUGGGGAAGAAUUGAAACGGCCGGGCCACUUAGUGAUAAUUUGUUAAAAGUGGAUUUGGAUAUUUACCCGAUAAACCAGUGCAAUGAAAGUUAUUUUUCAGAUAAUAAUCCAAAAUUAAAAUUUGGAAUUUUACCUGACAGCAUGAUAUGUGCAGGUUCAUUUGAUGGUGAAAAAGACAGUUGUUCGGGUGAUUCAGGAGGUCCACUUCAAUUAGAUCAUAUCAACUAUUUCAAAAUGUAUGUACAGUAUGGAAUUACGUCGUUCGGGAAAUUUUGUGGUGAUAAAGAUACACCUGGAAUUUAUACUAGAUCUCAUCAGUUCGUUAUAAUAGCAAUACAAAAUAUGUAUCUUAAAAUUAAAUAUUGCUCAUAUUUUAAAAAUUUAUUAGCUUUAAUAGUAUGUCUAUUCAUUUCUGGACAGAAAGCAAAUAUACUUAAUUUGUAUGAAGGUGAUACGUGUAAAAUAGGCAAGGAGAAUUCUAUAAAUUAUGUCUGCAGAAAACCAGAAAAUUGUUCAUCGUUAGAACAGGACAUCCGACAACAGAAUUUCCCGCAGAUAUGUUCAUUUAUAAAAAACAAACCAGUAGUCUGUUGUUCACCCACAAUAACAGUCAAUUUAACAAGUUAUAAGCCGGUUUUAAGCACCACCAAUGCUUCAUCAUCAUACUCUGCCACUGAAAUGUGUCGCCAGUACUCGGAACUGGUGUACGAAAACGCUGGAACAUCUCCGUCUAAUACAGGGUCACCGUCAAAAACUCUAAACUGUUACAACGUGUUGACAUUGAUCGUUGGGGGCUCCAAAGCUAAGCCGAAAGAAUUUCCGCAUAUGGUACUAUUAGGUUAUGGUUCCAACAAGGAAAAGUCAUGGGGUUGCGGAGGUUCGUUGAUAAGCAACAAGUGGGUCUUGAGCGCGGCACACUGUAACAAAAAUUCUGGACGUAUGGUGAGCUGGGCUCGUCUGGGCGAUUUAAACAUCUAUUCGGAUCCAGACGACGCCAGCCCGGUGGACUAUAAAAUCGUGGAGCGCGUGAUGCACCCCAAUUAUAACCCGACUUACGUAUACAAUGACAUAGCGCUGUUUCGUUUGGAGGAGGAAGUUACAUUUUCAGCGUUCGUACGACCUGUGUGCUUAAAUACAGUUCAAAAGUUUCGCUUCAAGACGGCCACGGCUAUCGGAUGGGGUAGAACCGUGGCCAAUGGUCCGAUUAGUCCUGACUUGUUAAAAGUUGAUCUGUCUCCGAUAUCAAUUGAUCAUUGUAAGUAUAGUUAUCCUCAGAGUACCAACCCAAGAAUAAAUCUCGGAAUUAUUGAAGACAGCAUGAUAUGCGCGGGCGACAUUAGAGAUGAAAAAGACACGUGUACGGGUGAUUCCGGCGGUCCACUGCAAGUAAAACACCCCAACUAUACGUGUAUGCAAACUCAAAUUGGUAUAACGUCGUUUGGGAAAUAUUGCGGUAGUAAGGAAACGCCUGGCGUCUAUACCAGAGUGUCCUAUUAUGUUCCAUGGAUCGAAAAGAUCGUUUGGCCAAAAAAUUGAGUGGAACUAAAUUCUUCAAAAAAAUUAAACGAUUUUUCAAAUAAAAAGGCAGUAAUGAUGUUAGAUACAUUGCGAUGUGUAAAGCGUGUUGUUGAUCGAGUCCAUCGUGGUAUACUUAAUUUAACAUCGGCACUCAAUAAUCAUGCCUUUGUAUUCAAAAUGAUAUGAAUUUUUAUACUUAGAUUAAAUUAAAAAUAUAUUAUUUA